AAUAAUAUUGAUGACACACAAACAUUAUUCAAAAUAACACAUUAAUAUAAUUGACAAUAUUGUGCUAUCAGACAUUUGCAAUUGCUAAUAUGAAUAUGAAGAGCUUAGUUAACCGCUUGUCAUCAAAAUGGAAAGUUGCUUAGGAAAUUGUGUACGCCGUUCCAGUCCCAAUAAAUGGGCAGUGAAUACCAAAGAAAGUGUUAAAAAUACUCAAAAGAAAUACGAUUCCUUUCGCCGGGUUUUGGCCGAAAAUACGGAUGAAUUUUGCAAAAACACCACGCUACAUGGCUUAAAAUACGUUAGAAAUCGCUCUUUACAUCCAGCCGAACGUGCAUUCUUCAUUAUAUCAGUUGUAGUUGUCUGCAUCAUAUCGAUUUUCUAUAUAAUGAAAGUUUAUGACAAAUGGGCUACUAAUCCGGUUAUUGUUGGAAUUAACCCGAAACCGAAUUUCAUUACAAAUAUACCCUUCCCAGCUGUAACCAUUUGCAAUUUAAACCAAGCACUGAAAUCCAAGGCAAUCGAAGCGAAUAAAAGCUCGAAACAAAGAGCUAUGCUAAAGCUGUUGUGUAAAAAUGAGACCACUGAGGAGAAUAAUACAUUUAACUCGAAUUGGAAUAAUCUGGAGAGUAUUAUUAUGAAUAUUUCGCAGCCCUGCGAGGAUAUGAUGGUUGCCUGUCGGUUUGCGGCCAAUGAGUACGAUUGUACUAAACACUUUAUUCCGAUAAUAACUGACGAGGGACUAUGCUGCGUAUUUAACAUGGUGCAUCCAAAAUUUAUGUUCAUUUCACACAUACCUCUCAGCAUGCGCAAUAUACCAGAAAGUGAGCAUCAACCAAUUGAUUGGUAUGCUGAGCGUGGCUAUCCAACUGAAUUACCAAAUAAUUACUAUCCACGUCGCAUAGCUGGCACUGGCGAGUCACUCGGUCUCUCCAUCACGCUUGACGUGGAAGCCGACAAGUACUAUUGCUCAUCAACGAAUAGUGUUGGAUUCAAAAUUUCCCUACACAGCCCGAAUGAAUCGCCAAAUGUACAUGAGACAGGCGUUUUGAUCGCACCCGGCAAGGAGACCAAAGUGCGUGUGCGUCCCGAUAAGACGGAGACCACGGAAAGGCUACGCUCCGUGGAUACCAAAUAUAGACGAUGUCUAUUUCACGAUGAAAGAAAGUUACUGUACUUCGCCCAUUACACACAACGUAAUUGUGAGAUGGAGUGCAUUGCUGAAAUGUUAUUACAACACUGCGGAUGUAUAAGCUUCUAUAUGCCGAAAAUUUAUAAAAAUGCAACGAUUUGUAGCACGCGAGCAACGCACUGUGUGGAGAUGGUGCGUUUACGGAAAGAUCCGACUAUCGGUUCGUGCUUAGACGCUUGUUGGCCAACUUGCUAUGACUUGACCUUCCUUGUAGAUGUCUUCGCUAUACCACUAUCGACUGAUGGGUUUUUCAUAGAAAACAAGAGGGUGCAGCGUUACAACAAGACAUACGCCAGGAAGAAUAUUGCUGUGCUCAAUAUGUACUUUAAGGAGUAUUCUUUUCGUAGCAGCAUUCAAACGGAAUUCAUUGGCACAACAGACUUUUUGUCUGCUGUUGGCGGUCUUAUGGGUCUAUUUUUGGGUUUCAGCUUCAUCUCGAUUGUCGAAUUGGUUUACUAUGCCGUUAUACAUCCCAUACGCACUCUGUUGCACUUCCGGUUCUCAAAGAAGCCGGAUAUUGCGGAAACGUGGAUGUGUAAUAAAACGACUGUGUGCCCACAAAUGGCCACAGUUCAACGUUAUAAGCGUUUGCGGAAAUACCUACGACUACGAGCGAUUCGCGGCAGGGCCAAUAGGGCAGUGAAGCAAAAGUCCGGUUACAAGCGACUGUUCAAAAAUGUCAUUGAAAGUAUCACGGAGAAGUUGGAAAAUGAAAACGAAAUUAGAAAAUAGAUACAGAAGGAUGAGGAGGAAUGGAAUGGCAUUAAAUUAUUUAGUUUUUCCGAAAUGCAUACGAAACAUACAUACAAAUGCCGUAAAUAAUAGUGGUCAAGAAAAUUGCUUAAAACAAUAUAAUAAU